ACACUCACCGUGCUUUCAUAUCAGAUAAUAUCUUUUAUAAUCUAUCGUUUUGUUUGUAUUUGCGCUUAAAAUUAGGCAUCACAAACUAAGAACAAGACAGUCACGUGUUCCGGUCAUGUGACCAGUCACGACCAAGCAGUCCAUCAUGGCGGCGGCUACGUCUGUUUUCCACAGAGUGAGAACUGGGUCUAACAUCGGAGCCCAGUAUGACCAAGACGGCAACCUUAUCCAGGUGGAGACCCGAGAGGACGAGGAGCAGAGCGUGAAGCUGGCGGAGACCCUGGAGCUGCUGCUGGCUGCAGGCUACUUCCGGGCCCGGAUCAAAGGCCUGUCCCCUUUCGACAAGGUGGUCGGUGGAAUGACCUGGUGCAUCACCACGUGUAACUUCGACAUCGAUGUGGAUCUACUGUUCCAAGAAAACUCAACCAUUGGCCAGAAAAUAGCUCUGACGGAGAAGAUCGUCUCUGUGCUGCCGAAGAUGACGUGUCCUCAUCGCCUCGAGCCGCAUCAAAUACAAGGGCUGGACUUCAUCCACAUCUUCCCCGUGAUACAGUGGCUGGUGAAGCGAGCCAUAGAGACGAGGGAGGAGAUGGGCGACUACGUUAGGGCCUACUCCAUCUCCCAGUUCCAGAAGACCCACAGCCUCCCAGAGGAUGAAGAGUUCCUCCAGAGGAAAGGAGAAGCUGCGAGGACGGUUCUGGACGUCUUGGAAGUGUACAAACCCCAGAGGAAGUACCGGAGGCAGAGGGACGCAGGGGAGCUGCUGGAAGAGGAGUCCAGGGUCCACUCCACCCUGCUGGAAUAUGGCAGACGUUACGGAUUCAGCAAACAGUCCAAACCAGACACGGUGGACGAGAGGAAGACGUCCCUGGCCAGCAGCGCUCCGCCAGCGGCCUCUGGGACGACAGAGCUGUCGGAGGAAGACCAGCUGCAGGCCGUGGAGGAGAUGCGGAUCAAAGCUCUGAUGACCAGCAUGGCGGCCAUGGCCAAUGAGGAGGGGAAGCUGACCGCGAGUGCAGUGGGUCAGAUCGUGGGUCUGCAAUCUGAGGAGAUCAAACAGAUCGUCUCUGAGUACGCUGAGAAGCAGUCGGAGCUGUCGUCGGUGUCGGAGGAGCGGUCGGAGCGCUUCGGCCCACUGCAGCAGCACCGCCGGGCCGUGGCCUCGCUCAACAAGCAGAUCCAGCAGAAGACCACAGAGCUGCAGGAGCUACAAGCCAAGUAUGGAGAGAUGAAAACCGGCUGUGACGAUGCCAAGAGGAACCUAAUGGAGGCCAAAGAGGACUCUGAGAAACUGGAGAACGAGAUGAAGAGUCUAGACGAGCUGGAGGAGCAGGCUGACGGCAGCUUGCUGGAGUCGCUGAGGGCUCUGGUGACCACCAACGAGAGCCUGAAGCAGCAGGAGCAGGAGUUCCGCACACACUGUAAAGAGGAGAUGGCCCGUUUGCAGCAGAACAUCGAGGAGCUGAAGGCCGCCUCAGGACAGGACACAGAGGAGGAGAAGGAGAGGAACCAGCUGAUAGACAAACAGUACAACACGGACCGAGAGAAGCUCCAGAAGAUCCGUCUGCUCAUGGCUCGCAGAAACCGUGAAAUCGCCGUCCUGCAGAGGAAGAUGGACGAGGUGCCGAGCCGCGCCGAGCUCACCCAGUACCAGAAGAGAUUCAUCGAGCUCUACAGCCAGGUUUCUGCAACGCACAAAGAGACCAAGCAGUUCUUCACCCUGUACAACACUCUGCACGACAAGAAGGUCUACCUGGAGAAGGAGGUGAAUCUGCUGAAUUCCAUACACGACAACUUCCACCAGGCCAUGGCGUCGUCGGCAGCCAAGGAGCAGUUCCUCCGGCAGAUGGAGCAGAUCGUGGAGGGCAUCAAACAGAAUCGCAUCAAGUGAUGCCCAGGAUGUUAGCGAGCGGCUACAGAUACGACUCAUUUCAUGUGGAGCAGCAAUGGAAGCUACUCGAACAACCACGGGGACCAAGAUCAACGUCCGUGGCCAUAUUUGGGCGAACUCUUUUCUUUCUACCGGAUGAAGUGCCUCUUAUGCCGACCGAAAGCUACGGAGAUACUGGCCUUCAACAACUCACUAUCCAACCUCAGGAAACACAUUGAGGUAAAUUAAGAUUAAUCCCAUGAGCCGCAACGUUAAUGUUUAGUCAUCAUAAACCUGUUAAGAUAUCUAGCAGUGUUGUCCUCAGGAUUGGAGUAAGUUAUAUCUUUGGCAGGAGAGGGGGAGGCAGGUGUCUGAUUGUCCUACGCAUGUUGUACGUUAGGCUAACGUUCGCUAGCUAUCGUCAAUUAAAUGAGACAAUUAGCAUGAGUGCAGCAGACGGAUCUCUAGCGAGUUAAUGAGCUGAAGAAGUGUUGACAGUUGUGAGAAUUUGUUGAUUUGAGUCGUCUUGGCUAUAAUAUAAUGCUAAUCAUGACAGCAUUGUUAUUAAUAUUUGUAUUAAUAUUAAAAGAGUGACGGUCCAGUAAUGGUGAUGAUAUUGAUUUGGGACUGUUGCUGUGUUUAACUACAGAGAUACAAGUGCAUAUUCACAAAUCAACUCUGGAUGCACGGACAGUGCAUGAAACUAAAUGUAUUGUAGCGACCCUGUGAAGUGGCUGUCAAUCACAGUGUGGCACAGUGCAUGCUGGUCGAUUGGCGGAGUAGAGGGGAGGCGGGGUUAACCUGUCGGAAAAGGGGAGUUACGGGUGGUUGACGGAAACCGUUGUUGUUGGAGCUGCUGAGCUGAGAGGAGCACGCUGUCUGUGUUGGUGGAUGCCCAAUAAAGGAGGAGUAAUAACGUCGUCCCGUCUCCGUGUCAUCAGUGCCAUAACGUCCGAGACGUUACAGUAUAAACCUCAAAUUAAAACAAACUAUUUUGUACUAAACUUUAGGUUGGGGUCAUGACAUGUUAUUAAUUCUAUCAUGUAUAUAAUACCUUCACUUUAUUUCAGGAAUGGACUACAUCAAGCAGCACAUGGAAGAACCCUCCCUGCAGCUAGGUGAUGCCACCAGGUCCAGUUCAUCUGAUGAAGAGGACUUCUUCUUCGUCAUCUCAAGCCCGUGACAGCAGAAAACAGCUGGAUGGAGACGUGACCUGUUCAGCAGAUCACGUUGACUUGCUGAAAUGCUUCCCAACUGCGUGCUGCUGUCUGUGAAGCUAGACACACUCUACCUGCACCAUCAGGGCCUGUGAAGCUAGACACACUCUACCUGCACCAGGGCCUGUGAAGCUAGACACACUCUACCUGCACCAUCAGGGCCUGUGAAGCUAGACACACUCUACCUGCACCAUCAGGGCCUGUGAAGCUAGACACACUCUACCUGCAUCAGGGCCUGUGAAGCUAGACACACUCUACCUGCACCAUCAGGGUCUGUGAAGCUAGACACACUCUACCUGCAUCAGGGCCCGUGAAGCUAGACACACUCUACCUGCACCAGGGCCUGUGAAGCUAGACACACUCUACCUGCAUCAGGGCCUGUGAAGCUAGACACACUCUACCUGCACCAUGUGAACGGCUCUUCAGCAUCGCAGGACUCAUCUUCAGCCCCAGAAGAGCGACACUGACAUCUGGCCAUUUUGAAAAUCAACUUCUUUUGAAGAUGAACAAGAAUUUGUUCAGUUUAAAGUGAUGAUUCUGGUUGUUACUUUUGGUUCUGCUUUUUUCUGUGUUAAUCGUGUUUUUAUAUUUUAGUAAUUUCAUAGUAUUCAUAUAUUGCUAAGUUCAUCCUAGCUCAUACUCCUUGUUCAUGGCGGCCACAGCACCCAAACAUGAACUUCAUAAUUCUCAAAAUUCUGACCUUGUUUGUUUUAUUACCAGCAUUUAUUUUUACUUUUACUUUCAAUACUUAAGUACAUUUAAUAUCAGAAAAUUACUUUUGAUACUUAAGUACAAAAAAAAUCAGAUACUUUAAUACUUUUACUCAAGUAGUAUUCUCAUAGUUGACUUUUACUUUUACUUGAGUAAUUUUCCAGUCAAGUAUCUUUACUUAUACUCAAGUAUGACUUUUGGGUACUUUAUACACCACUGCUAGUCAGAGGAAUGUUUUUUGUAUGAGUAUAUAUAUAUAUUUUAAACAUUUAAUUCAUGCAUAUUAUACAUUUUUAACGCAUGGUUAUUUUAUGAAUUGGCAAUAGUUGUUUCUCUGGUUAGGAUUACACUGAGAUCAGGGAAUGGGGCGACAUUGAACCGAAGCAACACGAGCAUUCAGACAAACUGGGUUCCAGCUCAAUGAAGCGGGUUAUCCAGAGAACAAGUUCUGACGGGCUUUCCAUUUUUCCGUGUGAUCCUCACUUUUGACUUUGUGCUCGUCUCCCAGAUGGAGAAGAAGAAGCAGGAGAACAAGAUGAGGAGAGACCAGCUGAACGACGAGUACCUGGAGCUGCUGGACCAGCAGCGGCUCUACUUCAAA